CUCUUCUUUUCCAGGAGUCUCCUAACCACAGAACCUCUUAGAACUGGCAAAAACAACGUUGUUUCCAGAACGCCCUCCUUAAGGAAGCGUGACUCCUGCCGCUGAGCUCCAUGCACUGUGCGUGAGACUGGGACAAACCAAUGUAUAAGCCUGUUGACCCGUACUCUCGGAUGCAGUCCACCUACAACUACAGCAUGAGAGGAGGUGCUUAUCCCCCGAGGUACUUUUAUCCAUUCCCAGUUCCACCCUUACUUUACCAAGUUGAACUUUCUGUGGGAGGACAGCAGUUUAAUGGGAAAGGAAAGACGAGACAAGCUGCAAAGCAUGAUGGUCCUGCCAGAGCCCUGAGGCCCCUGCAGAGUGAGCCCCCGCCCGAGGGGCUAGAGAUGAAUGGAAGAGAAUCAGAAGAAGAAAAUCUCAAUAAAUCAGAAAUAAGUCAAGUGUUUGAGAUUGCACUUAAACGGAACUUGCCUGUGAAUUUCGAGUCUUUCCCUCUGACACAGGUGGCCCGGGAGAGUGGCCCACCCCACAUGAAGAGUUUUGUGACCAGGGUUUCAGUUGGGGAGUUUGUAGGGGAAGGUGAGGGGAAGAGCAAGAAGAUCUCCAAGAAGAACGCGGCCCGAGCCGUGCUGGAGGAGCUGCGGAAGCUGCCGCCGCUGCCUCCCGUGGAGCGAGUGAAGCCCAGGAUCAAGAAGAAACCCAAGCCCACGGGCAAGCCACAGACAGCCCCGGAAUAUGGCCAAGGGAUGAAUCCAAUUAGCAGACUGGCCCAGCUCCAGCAGGCCAAGAAGGAGAAGGAGCCAGUGUACACACUCCUCACGGAGCGAGGCCUCCCUCGCCGCAGGGAGUUUGUGAUGCAGGUGAAGGUCGGGAACCACACUGCACAAGGAACGGGUACCAACAAGAAGGUGGCCAAACGCAAUGCAGCUGAGAACAUGCUGGAAAUUCUGGGCUUCAAAGUCCCACAGGCACAGCCCACCAAGCCCGCGCUCAAGUCUGAGGAGAAGACACCAGUAAAAAAACCAGGGGAUGGAAGAAAAGUAACCUUUUUUGAACCUGGCACUGGGGAUGAGAAUGUGACUGGUAGUAAAGAGGACGAGUUCAGGAUGCCUUACCUUAGCCACCAGCAGCUGCCGGCUGGAAUUCUCCCCAUGGUGCCCGAGGUUGCCCAGGCUGUUGGAGUUAGUCAAGGACAUCACACCAAAGAUUUCCCGCGGGCAGCUCCAAAUCCUGCCAAGGCCACGGUAACUGCCAUGAUAGCCCGAGAAUUGUUGUAUGGGGGCACCUCGCCCACAGCCGAGACCAUUUUAAAGAAUAACAUCUCUUCAGGCCACGUACCCCAUGGACCUCUCACAAGACCCUCUGAGCAACUGGACUAUCUUUCCAGAGUCCAGGGAUUCCAGGUUGAAUAUAAAGACUUCCCCAAGAACAACAAGAACGAAUUUGUCUCUCUCAUCAAUUGCUCCUCUCAGCCGCCCCUUAUCAGCCACGGCAUUGGCAAGGAUGUGGAGUCCUGUCAUGAUAUGGCUGCACUGAACAUUUUAAAGUUGCUGUCUGAGUUGGACCAACAAAGUACAGAGAUGCCAAGAACAGGAAACGGACCAGUGUCAGUGUGUGGGAGGUGCUGAACCUUUUCUGGCCAUGAACCAUUGUAAAUCCCAACAUAUAUACUGAAAAUACUGAAACUGCUUUGAAAAUUUUGGAAUUUCUGAUACCUCCAGUGGGCCGAGACAUGGUGGAUGAAAACAUGGCAAUGGUGAUGAAGAUGGAGACUCCAGGCGGCGGCGGCGGUGCUGGCCUGCUAGUGACCCCGCUCUGCGAGCCUGCAGACCCAGGAGCGGCUGCCGGGGAAGAAGAAGCCUGCCCAGCAGCCCAGCACCGUGGUUUUUCUUUCUUUCUUUCUUUCUUUUUGGCUUUGUGAAGAAAAGUAGAAAGCACUAAUUCUCAAACUGGCUCACUCAAGACACUUUGGGACAACCAUGGACAGCCACUUUAUGGUGGCCACGAGUCGGCCCCAGAGCUAAAAGCCCCAGAGAAAAUCAGAUGCUUCCUGUUCAGCGUAACCUAACUCCAGCGUGCUCUGGCCUACCACCUCACGCAGUCCCCACGUAACCACCGCCUCCUCUCCAACAGUGAUGCUUAUUCUUAGUUUCAUUAUUUCCCUUUGAUAUGACACUAUAAAAUUUUCAUUUGAGUUUCUCAAUUGUAUCUAGUUAUAUAGCACAGUUUAGAAACUUGUCUGAGACUGACGAGAUCAGUAAUCUAACCUGCACAGACCACAGCCAUGUGUGGUUUCUCUCCCACUUGGUCAGACUAGUCCAGCGCUGCUCCCUCGACGCCAGCCUUGUGCUGGAGCGGCCCUGGAUCUUCAGAAACGUUCAAGUCUCCCGCUGUUGUAUAAAUUGGAUAACUUAGGAAUUUUAAACUUUAGGUGAUCAAAUAUUUAGUCUUUUUCUAUUAUUUUUGAGCAGCAGGACCUAAAUGAACUGAGCUUUGUUUUAACAGCUAUUAUAGAAAUCGUCUCUCAAGGUAAUGUUCACCACCCUACAGGCUGUGGCCUCAGCACAGGGUGGCCUGGAGGAUGGUGACCCCCAAGUGCCCCAUGCUGUUGUGUAGGGUGAAAGGGUAGCUGUGUCGCAUGCAGCUGUAUUGCUUUGGGGGGGGCUGUUGGCACAGAUGCAGUUGCUAAGGGCUGCUGGUCCAGAUGGAAAGCUCAGUACUGCUUCCACUCAUUUACACUAGGAUUCCCCCCAUGGAAUGUAAGUAAACUUAAUGUCACCAAUAAAUGGUAAUACUAAAUUUUUUUGUUAAUUUAUUUUCAAAUGCCACUACUGCUAGGUUGGCCCCAUUCAAUUCAUCCCCUCCUCCCCAUUUUAUAAAGAAAUAUUUGUAAUGCUUGUGAUUCUGUCUGGGUAAAAAUCUAAAGAGCUGAAAUAACUUUAUAUCAAACCAUUGAUCAAUAAACAGCUACUAAUGAAA